AUGAUUGCCGCCUCCGCUACCCGGGCCAGAUUGGCCAACGCCUUUGUCACUCGCCGUGCUUUCUCUACCACCCGUGCACAGCUCGCCAGUCCCUACCAUUAUGCUGAGGGUCCUCGCUCCAACAUUCCCUUCAACCCCAAGACCAAGUACUUCUUCUUCCGUUACUGGGCUUUCAUGAUCACCGGAUUCGGUGCUCCAUUCGCCAUUGCCGUCUGGCAAACCUACAAGACCCGUCCUUAG